UGGAAAUGUUCGCCGGUUAUUCUAGAACAACUCGGCCCAGAUUCAUGCAGCGUUAGCUUCACCUGCACUAAUUGCCACUGUCUCGCUGCAGCCGGCCCAAUUCCACGUUCCGUCGCCGUUCGGAAAAGGCAACUCAUCCCUGAACCGGUAGCCCAACAUUCUCGUCUAUCGAAAUAAAAACUCAACGUGUGCAUCCGUGCGCAAAGCCAUAGGCAAAUUCACCCUCGCUGUACUCCACACGGAAAUGAUCUAUGCCGCGCAUCUCCGUUCGUAAGUAGCCGCACCGUUUGCCGAGCUGAACGAGGACUAGGCCCAUGCGCUGAAACACAACCUUUCGCCACAGAAACAUGAAGAAAGUUGCUUCUGUGCAGCGAUAACGGAAUUCCCUACUUCAAUGUCGUACGGUAGCAGUCUAGUGAAACGAACUAGCAGCCGUUACCACGAGUCGGCUACUAGAAGACUAGUGCCUCUACUGUAUCAGCGCUCGUCCCCCUCGAUACAACCUUAACUAUGAACCGAUCGGCGGGUAGGUUGCCUAUUCCACACCUGUCAAAAAAGGCGUUGAGCCUCUGCUAUCGCCUCCUUAAUAACGAGAUCUUGGAAGAUGGCUGCAGGCUGAAUCGCGUAAAUUAAAACAUUGUUAAGCCCCUCGUAGCCGCUUUUCAAGGCGUAGUUGCAUGUCCUGAAAAACAAAUCGUUUCCUAUUCUCCCUCUUUUGUACUUCGUUUUGCAUUUUCGACUUCCGAUUGAUACCCAUUUGCUUUUCUGUUGUUCUGGUAGCCGCUUCCGAUGCGCAACCUGUAAUCGCCGACGCCUCCACAGUUCCGUAUACUUUUUGAUUGAUCCAGGCGGAAUAAAUUACAAUCGGAAUACCCUGUGCAACAAUUAUGAAGUUGACAAAUUAUCUGCCAUGGCUAGUCAUGAUUAGGCCGUCAUGGGCAGACUCACAACCCACGACCAGCGACAUUGUUGCCGCUCUUGCGAGUGCACCUCCCUGUGCAGUGGCCUGUUUCACACCUGCGCUCAAAGCAUCUGGCUGUGCCAUGACCGAUGCCGUGUGCAUAUGCCAGAGCGAAAAGAUCAAGGCCGCCUUGGCCGCGUGCCUUACCAAACAAUGCACGAUGAAACAAGCCCUCGCUACGUUAAACUCUACAACUACAGCAUGUAAACUACCGAUCCGCAGCCGCACGUCCGAAUACAUCCGAGUCUCCAACACCUUCGGCAUCAUCACCGCUGCCUUUGUGGCCCAACGAUUCGUCUUUAAAAUCUGGGCCAACAUUGAAAUCGGUUUCGACGACUGGUUCGCUCUCAUCACCACUCUCAUCGGUGUCCCUGUCACCGUCAUCAACGCCCACGGCGUCACUGCCAAUGGACUCGGCCGAGACAUCUGGACACUCAGCUACGAGAACAUCACCAGCUUCAUCUUCUACUUUUUCCUCCUUGAGGUCCUUUACUUUGCUGCUGUCUCCACUCUGAAAUUGUCGCUCCUAUUUUUCUAUAAACGCAUCUUCCCCUCGCCAACAGUGCAAAAGUUGCUCUACGGAACCAUCGUCUUCGACUGCCUCCUCGGCAUAGCAUUUACAUUGGUCGCUAUUUUUCAAUGCGCGCCUAUCAACUACUACUGGGACAGAUGGGAUGGUGAGCAUACCGGACAAUGUAUGAAUAUCAACGUCAUUGCGUGGUCGAAUGCAGGUAUUAGCAUUGGCCUUGAUCUUUGGGUGCUCGCUAUUCCUCUGUGGCAGCUCUACGGUCUCGAACUCGACUUGAGAAAGAAAAUCAGCGUUGCUUUAAUGUUUUGUGUUGGUACCUUUGUUACCGUGGUCAGCAUCUUGCGCUUAAAGUCUCUCGUCAACUUUGGUGUUGAGACACUUAACCCUACAUGGGAAUUUUUCGACGUAGGUAUAUGGUCUACUGUGGAAAUUAAUGUCGGUAUUAUUUGCGUCUGCCUUCCGACAUUUCGACUUUUGCUCGUUCGCUUCUUCCCAUUUUUGCGAGGUACCCUGAAGCGCACGUAUGCAAGUGCCACCGGCCGGUCUGGUUCAAGAAGGCCGCGUAAGUCGUCUCAUUUACCACUGGGCUCGCCUUCUGUAUCUAGAGUAGAUGCCAGUGUAACGCCUUCGCCAGGGCCGCCAGAUGGGAAGAGCAUGGGCAUUAUGUAUCAACGAUCAUAUGAAGUUGACGUCGAACACAGCGACGCUCACUGGGUGCAUUUGCAGGACAUGUACAAGGGCCAAGCAAAGAAGGAUUGGGAAGCGGUUUAGGGUAAUUCUUUAUAGUUCCAAUUGAUGAGCGUCUAUUUACGUCGUUUCAUGCCAUCGCUGCUCUACGUCGUGGAUGAAUUAAUUGGCAAUGUUAUCCACUGAAAUUGAAACUAACCAUCACUUUCCACUACUGCAUUUGUUUUCCGCUUCUUGGUA